AUGGCUACUCCUCACCAUCAUCUCCUUCACAAUUGCUUAUUCAGACUCUUCUCUUUCCCUCUUAAACCUCUCCACCCAACAUCUUCUCUCCCAUUCCCUACUCUCUCUCGCCGCAACUACCAAACAACACCCCCCAAAACCUUCAAAACUUUCUCCCACAUUUUCCAGCAAUGCUCCCGCGGCGGCGGAGCUCCGAUCCCGGGGAAACAGGCCCACGCCCAUCUCGUUUCCGGGUUCAACCCCACCGUCUUCGUUUCCAACUGUCUCCUCCAAAUUUGCGUCAAAUGCUGCGUCUUGCGUUAUGCAGCUAAGCUGUUCGACGAAAUGCCGCAACGGGAUACGGUGUCGUGGAACACUAUGAUCAUCGGGUAUGCCGAGAGCGGCGACAUGGGUUCUGCGCGUGCUUGUUUUGAUGCAAUGCCGGUGAGAGAUGUGGUUUCUUGGAACUCGUUGAUUUCGGGCUACUUGAAGGAUAUGGGUUGUUUCAAGUCUGUUGGUGUUUAUGUCGAGAUGAGGGAGAUUGCUGACCGUACGACAUUUGCUCUUGUUCUUAAAGCGUGUGGAGGGAUGGAGGAGAUUCAACUUGGGAUGCAAGUUCAUUGUGUCGCGGUCAAAAUGGCUUUCGACAUUGAUGUGUUCACAGGGAGUGCUUUGGCUGACAUGUAUGGCAAGUGUAAAAGACUAGAUUGUUCGCUCCGGGUUUUUCGUGAAUUGCCUGAGAGAAAUUUAGUAUCCUGGAGCGCUGUGAUUGCAGGUUCGGUUCAUAAUGAGAGGUUUGUGAUGGGUAUAGAGCUGUUUAAUGAGAUGCAGAAAGCAGGCGUUGGGGUGAGCCAGUCUACCUAUGCUAGUGUUUUCAGGUCGUGUGCCUCAGUUCAUGGGCAUGCUAUCAAAACGCAGUUUCAUUCUGAUGUAGUAGUUAGUACUGCAACAUUGGACAUAACUGAUGCCAGAAAGGUAUUUAACUCGAUGCGAAACCGGAGUUUGCAGUCAUAUAAUGCAAUAGUAGUAGGGUAUGCUUCCAAUGGGAAAGGUUUUAAGGCUCUGCAGAUCUUUAUGCUUCUGUACAAGUCUGGUAUUGUUUUUGAUGAAAUAACGUUGUCUGGUGGCCUUGGUGCUUGUGCAAUGAUCAAAGGACACUUGGAGGGCCGUCCGCUACAAGGAUCAGCUAUUAAGAGUAGUUUCAGAUCCAAUGUACAUGUAACAAAUGCAGUUCUCGACAUGUAUGGUAAAUGUGGAGAUGUUUUGAGAGCCUCUCGUUUGUUUGAUGAGGUGGUAAGAAGAGAUGCUGUGUCUUGGAAUGCAAUAAUUGCAGCUCAUGGACAAAAUGAAAAUACAGAGGAUACACUUUCCUGUUUUGUUUCCAUGCUUCGGUCAAGGAUGGAACCUGACGAGUUCAGCUAUGGCAGUGUUUUAAGAGUUUGUGCAGGUCAGCAUUCUUCAAACCAUGGUAUGGAAAUCCAUAGCAGAAUAAUUAAAUCUGGAAUGGGUGCCAACUUGUUUGUUGGAGGUGCCCUUGUUGACAUGUACUCCAAGUGUGGGAUGAUGGAAGAGGCCAAAACAUUACAUCAAAGAACGGAACAGACGAUGGUCCCAUGGAAUGCGAUCAUAUCUGGAUUUUCAAUGCUUAAGCAAAAUGAGGAUGCGCAGACAUUCUUUUCUCAGAUGUUGGAGAUGGGAACAAAGCCUGAUAAUUUCACAUAUGCAACAGUACUCGAUACCUGUGCUAAUCUGGCUACAGUGGGACUUGGAAAGCAGAUCCAUGCUCAAAUUAUCAAGCAUGAAUUGCAAUCAGAUGUUUAUGUGACCAGCACCCUUGUUGAUACAUAUGCCAAGUGUGGUAACAUGCAAGACUCUCAUCUAAUGUUCAAGAAAGCACAGAAGCGGGAUGCUGUUACAUGGAAUGCCAUGAUUUCUGGCUAUGUGAACUAUGGUCUCGGAGAAGAUCCCCUUAGAAUUUUUGAAAGUCUGCAGCUUGAGAAUGUGAAGCCACACCACGUAACUUUUGUUUCUGUCCUCCAAGCCUGUGGACACAUAGGAAAUGCUGUAAAUGGUUUACACUACUUCCACACAAUGCUUUCAGACUACGGUUUGAAGCCUCAGUUGGAGCAUUACUGUUGUAUGGUGGAUAUUAUAGGAAGGUCGGAUGAUGUCAUAUGGAGAACUCUGGUUAGCAUUUGCAAGCUUCAUGGGAAUGUACAAGUGGCUGAAAUAGCCGCAAACUCGAUUUGGCAAUUGGAUCCACAAGACUCUUCUACCUAUGUUCUGUUGUCAAAUAUAUAUGCUGAAGCAGGAAUGUGGGGAGAGGUGUCAAAGAUGAGGAAAAGAAUGAGGUAAAAUAGGAUGAAGAAAGAGCCGGGUUGCAGCUGGAUUGAGGUAAAAGAUGAAGUACAUGCAUUUUUUGUUGGGGACACGGCUCAUCCAAGAAGUAUGGAGGUAUAUGACAGACUUGAUUUGUUAGUCGCUGAGAUGAUGAAGAUUGAAAUUGAGUUUGUGCUUGAUGAGGAGAUGGAAGAGCUCUAGAGUAGGCAGUUAUUGAAUUUUGGUUUGAGUGAUUUUAUAAUGCAUGUGGCAACCAAGGAGUAUGACUUUUGAGUCUUUUAUAUCCAAGGAGGAGGAGAAAGCGGUUGAUUCUGUUGAGAAGGCUUUAGAGUUCACUAUCAUGUGAAAUUUUAGACUCUGAGGUGAGUGAAAUUAAGAUCACAGCUGCCCAAGAGCUACUAUCUCCGUACACAUACUUGGGGGAAACAUUUGCUGCAAUGGAAAAAGAGCUGCAAAAUCUGAGCAGCGUUUAGAGUAGUUGCAAGAACAGGUGUCUGAACUGAGGAUGCAAUCUCUGAAGUUCGAAUGGACCUUUCCAUGCUCUGAUGGAAAAGAAAAUUGAAUAAUGACAAAUGAGUGUGCCAUUAAAGCAAGAAUGUGUAAACUGUUGAACACCGAAGACAUAUUUUGCAGAUGUUGGACAAAUCUUUGGUGAGUGGGAUCUUGAAAUUAAAUUAACUGAAUCAAAACACAUUGAAGAGGAUCUGAAAUUGAGAUUACUCUCUUCAGAAUGGGAGUCAUAUUGCAGUGAGGAUGAAGCAGCAGAUGUUUGCUAGAGUUGGUUAG